GCCUCGAAACCUUAUAACUAACUAACUAUGUUAUAUAUGACCCCACUCCUGUGUUGCCCCCCGUCGUCUUUCUCGCAGAUGGUGUGUAAGUUUGCCCCUCCGUGUUGUUGCAAUAACCUCACGGUACCAGAUUUCUCACCCUCACGCUGGGACGUACUGUUUAUACAACUGGAGAAGUCUUCACACCAAAAUGUCCAUAGCAGUCUCUAUCCCAAUCAUUUGGCAAACAGCACCAAACCCCCUCUUAAAACAACCUCAGAUCAUUUGGCAUCGGCACCGUCGUCCAGCCCCGCCCCUGCAGCUCCAGCUCCAUAUAAACCGAGAGAGCGACUCUCCUUCAUUCAUUCACUUCCCUGCGGAGGACAACGACUCAUCCAACACGUCAAUCACUCGGAGAUCUUGCAAAAAAGGACUAUUUGGGACUAUCGCACCGCAAAAUAGAAAUGAAUUCUGUGUGCGUUGCCGCUCCUCUUUCCAAUACAAUGAACACUGUAAUCCAGCAGUCUAGCAGCCCAGCUUCCCUGUGGAGACCGUGGCUUGCGACCAGAAAGGAUGCACAGACUGAAUGCCGGAGAACCAAGUUGGCUUGUCCUUACUCCAGGCCAGAAGUGCCCAGUAACACUACAACAGAUGGCAAAAUGCAGUCUUUCCAGCACCCUGUCAGGCUGUACUGGCCCAGAUCGAAAUCCUACGACUACCUCUUUAGCGAUGGCGAGGCCCUGCUCAGAAAUUUCCCAGUGCAGGCCACCAUAAACUUCUAUGAUGAGUCAGACAGCGAGGACGAGGAGGACAGUGAUCAAGAUGAUGACAGCGAUGCUGAGGAAUGUCUUAAACUUAACAGUCACUUCACCAGUUACAACUGAAUGUUCAACCUCACCCGUGACUUUACACUGGGGAAAAGUUCAUAAAUUUAACAUCAACACUGGAUAAUGCCACAUCGCACUCUAUUAGAGAAGUCGUGCCAUCAAUAAUUCAGUGCAUGGACGUGGUGUUUCUCGUGAGCAUCUAGAGCACAACCAGAGUGAUUUUACUGAUUGUUUUUAAUGCAGGAAACGCAGAUUACGCGAAUGCAGAUUCAGAUCUAAAACAGAUCUAGAUCUAAUUCCUGUUAAAAACAGCGAAAAUACAAUCCCACAUUGGGAAAUGUUUCAGAGCAAUCUCAGGGUUCCUACCUUCUUUUGUAUAUAAAAUUUUAUUUGUAUUCUAUUACCUAUCGCUAACUUAUGAUUUAUGUACAUUUUAUGUGUAUAUAUAUGUAUUUAUGGCAUAUUUUUCUACUUUUGUACUUUUGAUU